AUGCCAUCAACCAGAAAGGGAAAAGCAGCAGCAGUCAAGGAACCAUCGCCCAGUCCCAGUAAUGGCACUAAGAAGUCGCCCAAGAAGACCCGCGAGUCUGAAGACUAUAAAGACACCCUUACAAAAGUACAUUCUCAAAUCAACGAUCUGGGCGCCGAUGGAGUCAAAAAGGUCGUCAGCCGUCACGUCCUUGGGGUCUCUGGGGGCCGGAUCACGAAAAGGGGCAAAGUCAAUGUCAGAAAGAAUGUAGUCCGUGAAUUACAGGCCUUGACACCAUCCGACCCAUCCGAAGCAAAAUCAAAAGCAGCAACUGCAGCCGCCCGAGUCUCAAUCACGGCCCAAAUCGCUAAACGAGGUGUACACGCCGAACUGGCCAAAGUAGCAGGUGGUAACCAGCCUAUCUCUCGAAUCGCUCAUAUGGACGUCCGUCAUGGUCUGCCAGUAAACCAGGCAUCGUCAUCAGUACAACGUGCUGGGCUCGUUCCCCGUAAAGAAGUAGAUGACAAGUUAAAGAAGGCCCUUGUAUCUGAGUUGGGUCGUAUUGCUGGUGAUGCGCCGGUUCCGUCUGUUGCUGCGGCCAAGGUUGGCAUGUCGUAUGCAAAGACGGCUGUUAAUGCUCAACUUGUCAAGCGAGCUGUCGUCCACGAGAUUGAAAAGAGGGGUGCUCAAUAA